AUGUCGGUGCAGACGCAGGAUGUGGAGGUUGAGGUCGACCUGUCGAAGCUUAUUGACGUCGGCCUCACCUUCCUCCCUCUGCAGCUCACUAUCAAAGACAUCCUUCAGCGGCUGGCGUGCCUGGAGAAGGAGAACGCCAUUCAGAACGAUCACAUUGCUCAGCUGACGUCGAACGUGGCGGAGCUGGAGGCGGCAGCCGCCGCUCAGGCCUCCGCGACUGAUCGUAACGGCAACAAGGAGAACAAGGACGCCGAGGCAGAGCACGCAGCCCUAUGGGAAGAGAUGUCGCGGCUCAACGAGCUACUAGGCGAGCUGCAGGAAGACGCCGAGCAGGGUCGGCACACCAUCGACGAGAUAUACGCGGCUCGCAAGCACCAGAGCAGCGCUGCCGCGGCAAUGGCCGGCGCCUCGUCCCACGCGUCGCUGAGCACGGUCGGCAAGUCAGCCGCCACUCCCCUCGCUCACUCGCCCGCUAGUGGUCCCGGCGCCUCUGGAAUAGUGGCCUCUGCACACGGCGCAAGCGCCAGCAGCGCCGCCACCUCGCAGAGGCAACAGGACGCCGUGGAGACUUCGGGGUCGUCGGUGCCCGUGGGCGACAUCAUCCUGAGCAAGGCGCACGAGGCACUCGAGCUGGUAGUGGAGGCGCCGCAUUCUGCCUUCUGUGACUCCCGCGAUGCUAGCCAGCGCGUAGAGAGCGACCAUGCGGCCGGCCUUGGUGGCGGUGAAACCGGCACUCAGGCCUUGCAAAGCCCGUCGCCCACGUCCGCUGGCGGCACUGCGCGUCAUCGUCGUGGUGUGUCCAUUGUGGACGGCCCCUACGAACCUCAGGCUCGUUCGUCUGCCUCCUUCCCACAGCUCCGGCACUCCUCUGUGUUGCAGGACGCCCCCACCGCUGCGUCACCGCCCCAGACAACGUGUGAUUCGUCUGCCAUGUGGCCGGCGGCGACUGGCGGCGAGGAUGCCGGCGAGCACCGUGAGACGACCGCGCCUAUCAUGGAGCCCGUACCAUCUGUCCAGCAGCAGCUACGCCGACCAAGCAUGUAUGCCGAGAAGCGGAUGACAGCCGGUGCGGCGCGGCGCGCCUCCGCUCGCGCUGCGACUGGCGCCGGAGGCACCUCCGAAACAGGCUCGCCGGCGACACUGCCGUCUGUCUUUGACAAGCUCCGCCGCGACGGGGAGGAUAUCGCCUACCUGAACCGCGUCGUGGCGGAGAUUUUGGGGGAGAUGAAGGGACUGCACGAAGACGUUGACUUACUGCGCACUAACCGCCCGGAAUCGGACGACGCGACUAGCCGGCUUCGUGGGGUAGUAGACAGCGACGGGCUCGAUGGCUUGCUUCGGCGAUUGGCCCGCGUUGAGGGCGACAUCAUGGACGCUCGUCAGCACACGCAACACCGCAGCAAUCAGGUUCAGGAAGAGCUGGAUGACCUGAAGAGGCAGCUGCGCGUGGCGCGCGGUCUCACGGAUGACGACGUGGACGCACUGCGCAGUGCCGCCGAUCUCUCAGAGCGCCUGCUCCAGCUCGAGCGGCGCGUUCGUGCGUUGGAGGGCGGCCAGGGCAUGCUGCAGGAGCAGUUUGCGAACGUGCUUGCGGUAGGCGACGGCACCGGCGGCGAUGGCGCCGUGGAGGUGAAUGCUAUUCAGUUCGCUGCCCUUCAGGGCGCCGUCAAGGGGCUGGAGAAGCAGCUUGCUGAGCUCCUCGCGGCGGAGGAGGGUCAGCGGGAUUGGACGGAUGACAUUCGCAAGCUGAACGAGGGCUUGCGGUCGGUGGAGGCUGAGGUGGAAUCCGCUCAGGACCAGCUGCACCGCCUGCAGAAGGAGGCAUACCGACUGGACGAGGUGAAAGCGAACCGCACCGAGCUGCCGGACGACUCCCUUCUCGAGAAGGCACAGCACUGCAGCAGCAUGGGCGCCAGCGAUGGGGCGACGAUGUCCGAUCUGGCCUCGCGCAUCUCGCGUGCCGAGGCGAAUAUCGAACGCAUCAGCGAGAGCAAGGCUGACCGCGGCGCCCUCCACAAGCUGCGUGACGAGCUCAACGCUUUGCGGGAACUUGUGGAGCUGCUGAACGCGCAACACCGUGACCUCAACAACGCCGAGGGAGGUAGGGCGAGCGCGGCGAUGGAGAACAUGCUCCGCGAGCUGCAGGGUGAGCUGAGCGCUCUGAAGGAGGCGUACAAUACACGCUUCGCCGGUGGCGGGCUGAGCGGCGAGGAUGCCAAGGAUCUGAGGGACAGUAUCGAGCGACUAGACCACUGCAAAGCCGACGCCACCCUCGUGGCGAACAAGGCUGAGCGCGAUUACGUGGAGAACGCGCUGGAGCGGCUGAUGCGCGAGGUGGAGCAGGUGCUGAACGCAACGAAUGCAGGCCUCAUCGACACUCUAGAGAAGUCGCUCGGCAUUCUGCGCGACAUGAUUGACGGCAAGGCAACAAAGCAGGAUGUGGCGAACCUGCAAGGAUGGAUGUCGGAGGCGAACAUCGGCGGAGGCGCUGGCGCGCCAGAUGGACUGACUGGGUUCAAAGGCUUUCGCUGCCUUGGCUGCAACCGGCCAAUGGACAACAUGCGACCUCGAACGUUGCCGGCCACCAUGACCCCCUUCUUGAACCGCAAUCCGCAGAACCACCCGCAGGACAACGUCACUCGUACAAUUCAGCAGCAGCAUGCACCGCCACGGGCUGGGGGGGGCGGUGGAGGUCAGGGGACCGUCGCUGGCGUUACCACCUCCUCCAUGCGCUCAGCCGGCAGUCCUGAAGGGUCGUUCCACCGUAGCACCAACAGCGAGCCGCUGCCUCCGAUAGAACCCAUGUAA